AUGGGAAGAGCCCCCUGCUGUGAAAAAGUGGGUUUGAAGAGGGGAAGAUGGACAGCAGAAGAAGAUCAAAUCCUCACCAAUUACAUUCAAGCUAAUGGAGAAGGCUCUUGGAGGUCUUUACCCAAGAAUGCAGGGCUACUGAGGUGUGGAAAGAGUUGCAGAUUGCGAUGGAUUAACUAUUUGAGAUCUGACUUGAAGAGAGGCAAUAUAUCGGCCGAAGAAGAAGAAAUCAUUGUUAAAUUGCAUGCCUCAUUGGGUAACAGGUGGUCUAUGAUUGCAGAACACUUGCCAGGUAGAACAGACAAUGAGAUAAAGAACUAUUGGAAUUCUCAUUUAAGCAGAAAAAUUUACAGUUUUCGGCGAACCACUGAAUUUGCAUCACCAAAGAUGGCAGUGAUAGAUUUUUUCAAGGCACAAGCGGCGGCGAACAAGCGGAGAGGUGGUCGAAUGAGUCGGAAUAAGAAUAUAAGCAAGAUUCCGGCUAAAGUUCCAAAAUCAUCGGAGCAAAUGAAAGAAAUCGACGGUGGAAAUGCAGCAGUGGCAAUGCCAAGUACACCAAAUUUAGAGAAAGAGGCCUUAUCGAGUACAAUUCCAUGGCCGGACCUGUCCACCUUAGAAGAAGUAAUUGAAACCCUAGAUAUGCCUAGUCCUCGGCCAGGCUCCUGCCAGGACGUGGAGGUGAAUAAUGAAGGAAUGGAAAUGAUGUGUCUUGAUGAUAUUAUAGUGGAUGCAAAUGGGAAUUCAAGUCCAGAUCAUAAUGAAAGUGAAAGAGGAACGAUCACUACUAGAAAGUGCGACAACAACGAUGGAAUAUUACCAAUUGAUAAUUUGGGAUCAUCGAGUUGGGAGAAUGAAUUUGAAUGGGAUUGGGAAUGGGACAAUGCCAUUAAUGGUGGAAAUGAGGUAUGCGGACAAGAAAAAAACACAUAUUCUUGGCUUUGGGAUAAUAAUGAGAGUGGAGAAGGGGAUUGUGAUAAUGGGAUAGGGUUUGAAAUGGACACGAAUGAGAAGCAUAAUGCAAUUGUUAAUUGGCUUCUCUCUUGA